AUGAAAAAAUAAUAAGUGUAAGCCAAAGCAAAGGCUAAGACAAAUGACAAAUAGAACAAGAUAAAUUAAAAUUCUAAUGAUCGAUAUUAUCCUGAUUUAUUAAUAGAUGAGGAUGCUUAUCUUCGAAAUAAUUACAAAGUUGUUCGAGAAUUGGGAAGAGGAGGAUAUGGUGUAGUUUAUAAAGGGUAUGUUUGAUUAUAUUUUAGAUAUGCAUACCAUAAUGGAUAAGAAGAUAAAACAAAGAAGUAUGCAAUUAAAGUGAAUUUUUCAACAGUAUCACCAGAAUUGAUAUUUGCAGAAAUUGGAUUCUUAAAAUUAGUUUAAGGAAAGGAGAACUUGCCUUAAUUAGUGAAUUUAUUCCUAACAAACUAAAAAAUUUACAUAGUAACAGAUUAUUUUAGUUUUGAUCCAUUUAUUACAUUUUUUUCUACUUUCAACAUGUAGUAAAUUAGAGACUAUUUACGAGAAUUAUUAAAGGCUCUAUUAGUAUUGAAAUAAAAUGGAAUAUAUCAUAGAGAUGUCAAACCUGGUAAUUUCCUUUAUAAUCCAAAAAUUAAAAAAGGCAUACUGAUUGAUUAUGGAUUGUCAGAAAUAGAUAAAUCAUUUGUCAAUAAUAUGUUAGAGAAUGGUGGAAAUAUAUUAGAAUUAAGACAAAAAAAGUAAUUGUAUGAAGAUAUUAUGAAAACAAUCUCAUAGAUUGGACAUAAUAAAAUAGGCACUGAAAGUUUUAUGCCAUUAGAAUCCAUUUUACAUUAUCAAGAAUAAUCUUAUGAAGUUGAUAUAUGGGCUGUAGGAGUGAUAUUUUUAUAAUUUCUAACAAGGAAAUACAAUCUAUUUAGUAAUGUAAGAAUGGUUCAUAAACCUGCAGUUUCUAAAAAUUUAUUUUAUGUAAAUUUUAUUUUAGAAUUGACAUCACUAUUUGGAGCUGAGGCAAUUACUAAGAUUUGUAAUAAAUUUGGUAAUAUAAUAUUUAUUAUACUUAUUUAUAGGAUAUUAUUUAAAUUUGCCAUCUGUUGUUGCUAAAUCUCCAAUUAAUUGGAGAAAUGUAAUUCAUGUAGAAGGAUUUGAUGAUAAAGCAGAGGAUUUACUUACUUAGUUAUUAGAAUUAGAUCCUUAAAAGAGAAUUAAAGUUGAAGAUGCUUUAAAACAUCCAUUUUUUGAAUAAUGA